UCCCCGGGUGUUUCGUUCCUUCUAGUUCCUUCGGUCGUUGAAUAUUGAUGCAUAGUGCGUGACUGUGACAUUUUUCGUAAGUCGCGUUGUGCUCCGAUUUCCCAUCGACGAGGGAACAUCUCACUCCAACUCGAACCUUAUUAAACAAUUCUGAAAAAAUCUCCUAACUUAUUUGAAAAUGUCAAUAAGAAAACGAGGGAAAUCAACAACUGUCGUUCGCGCCAAUCGAUCCAGUGCUCCAAUGGCUGACUCCAUAGCACUCCAUAGGCGUUCAUAGCGAUUGUAGCGACUCGAAAUUUUUGUUGACCAUUGAUAUCGAUUCGAUGCGUUUAUUGUCAACUUCCAACGCAAUUCAACUUCCUCAACGCAAAGGUUGAGGAGAGAACGAGAUAUUUUCUUUUGGGAUCAUUUCGCGAUCGUUAUGACGCGACACGCGAGGAAUUGCACCGCGGGUGCGGUGUACACGUAUCACGAGAAGAAGAAGGACGCCGCGGCGUCAGGUUAUGGUACGAACACUCAACGGGUGGGCAAGGACUCCGUCAAGGAUUUUGACUGCUGCUGCCUGACUCUGCAGCCAUGCAGGAAUCCAGUGAUAACGAAAGACGGCUAUCUAUUUGACAAAGAGGCAAUAUUGGAGUACAUUUUGACAAAGAAAAGAGAAUAUGCAAGGAAACUGAAAGAAUAUGAGAAGCAGAAGCAAAAGGAAGAGGAAGAAUCACAAGAACAGACAGCCAAUGAAGAACUAAAGAAGCUACAAAAUUUUCUUAAGAGUGAAAAAACUAUUGUAUCGAGCAGUCCUAGUACAUCUGAUGGAGAUUCCGUGUCUAAUAUGAAGAAUGGCAAAGACAAGGUGUUACCAAGCUUCUGGAUACCCUCAAAGACCCCAGGAGCAAAGGAAAUUUCUUUACAGAAACCUGACAAGACUAUUUACUGUCCUGUUAGCGGAAAGCCGUUGAAAGUAAAGGAUCUGAUUCCAAUAAAAUUCACAGUGGUUAAGGAUCCAGACGACAAGAGAUCGCUUAUCGUCAAACAAGCACGAUACAUGUGUCCCAUUACGCAUGAUGUCCUGGGCAACAAUGUUCCUUGUGCCGUAAUAAGAACAACCGGCGACGUAGUCACAGUAGAAUGCGUGGAAAAGUUGAUAAAAAAGGACUGGAUUAAUCCUCUAGAUAAUUCCAAAUUGACGCCGUCUGAUAUUAUUCCUCUACAAAGAGGUGGCACUGGUUAUUCAUCUGUUAAUGAUUCCUUAGAGGGCAAGCAUGAAAGACCGGUGUUGCAGGCGUGAAGAACCACACGUUUUUCUCAUCGCUUGAUUGUUUAUAGAUGUUUUUAACUUUGUCAAAAAGGUACAAAUUUUAAUCUAAAUGUAGUUAAGUAUUAAUUUAUGAUCAUAUAUUUUAAUUAAUUUACAAAUUUUUACAAUAAAACAAACUGUGUUUCUAAACAUAACUUGAUAUGUAUCACAUUUUAUUAAUAGACAUUAUAUUACAUUAAUAGACUAUACUACAAUAUAUAGACGAGAGUUAUAUGUGUGUAGAAAAA